GAAUGCCGCACGGGAGUACUGGCGUGCGCGCGCGCGGCCUGCCACCGGGUUGAUGAAGGAUAGAUCACAUCUGAUCUCGCGAGGCCAGCCAUUCAUCUGAGGUUACUACAAUUUCAAAUGGGCCCUUCAGACCGUCUCACAGAUUCCCGACCGGCGUCGCCAUCGGCCAUGGAGGAGGCAAUGGAGAACCAGUUCCCGCUACUCAAAGACAUACCGCAUGAGGAACCCAAGGACACUGUUCCUCUGCCAAAUUUCGUCCAGGCCAUGGCAAUCCCCGUGCUGCGAGACUACACCAAGGCCCCGCCGCCGCUACCAGACACCCCAGACGCCCGGCUGCAAUGGAAGCUUGACCAGAUCGACCGGCACGCCGCGGCGAUCAACCACAACUUCCACUUCAUGGCGCAGCGCGAGGCGAGGCGCAUCGCGGGGCUGUGCGAGCAGGAGGAGCAGGAGAUGCGGGAGCUCAACGAUCUAGACGACCUCCCCGUGUAUGGAUUGGGCGCAAGCGAGGACCCUCACUCGACGCUCGAUCUUGAUGUGCUACUGAACCAGGAGCCUGAUGGCCAGCCGGAACGUUAUGCGCUUCCGCAGGGCUUCACGCAACGCGAGUUCAAGAUCCCCGCUACCAGCGGCCUUUUGCCGCGCAAGGUCCUUCAGAUCGAGACUCUCAGCUUGUUUCAACUUGCCUUGAACAACAUGGAGGGCCGCGCAGGCGCUGCCCAGCAGCAGAAGGAAGCAGCGCGGAGAAAAAAGUCUAUGGAGAUGGCCAAAGAGACGGCACGUAGAUUGGGUGCAGCACAGCCGGACAGCAAUCCUGGUCCAAGUAAGGCAGAUGGCCAAGGGGAAGCAAUGGACACAAGUGAAGACUGAGGCCAUUGGAGAAGAAGGCGUCUGCUCAUGAAGAGGAAUGCGGGUGAUAUUGCUCGUAUGGG